CUCCCUCUUAGGUCAUUCUUUCAAAGCCUGGAAUAAAAACCACAGCCAACUUCCGAGGCGGUCUCAUUGCCCAGCGGCCCCCAGCCAGUGACAGGUUCCAUUCACCCUCAUUGCCCCUCUCCCCGCGACCCUUUUCCAGAGGCGACUAGAUCUCUCCGUUUCAUCCCGCACACCAUGGACAAGUUUUGGUGGCACACAGCGUGGGGACUUUGCCUCUUGCAGUUGAGCCUGGCACAGCCACAGAUCGAUUUGAAUAUAACCUGCCGUUACGCAGGUGUAUUCCAUGUGGAGAAAAAUGGCCGCUACAGUAUCUCCAGGACUGAGGCAGCUGACCUCUGCCAGGCUUUCAAUAGCACCUUGCCCACCAUGGCCCAGAUGGAGGUGGCCCUGAGUAAGGGGUUUGAAACUUGCAGGUAUGGGUUCAUAGAAGGAAAUGUGGUAAUCCCGAGAAUCCACCCUAACGCUAUCUGUGCGGCCAACAACACAGGAGUGUACAUCCUCCUCACGUCUAACACCUCCCACUACGACACAUAUUGCUUCAAUGCCUCAGCUCCUCUUGAAGAAGACUGUACAUCAGUCACAGACCUACCUAAUUCCUUUGAUGGACCAGUUACCAUAACUAUUGUCAACCGUGAUGGUACCCGCUACAGCAAGAAGGGCGAGUAUAGAACACACCAAGAAGACAUUGAUGCCUCUAACACUAUAGAUGAUGAUGUCAGCAGCGGAUCCGCCAUUGAGAAGAGCACCCCAGAAGGCUACAUUUUCCACACCUACCUUCCCACUUCACAGCCUACUGGAGACCAGGAUGACACCUUUAUUGGGAGCACCUUGGCCACCAGUACGGAGUCAAAUACCAACUCAACAGGCUGGGAGCCAAAUGAGGAAAAUGAAGAUGAAACAGACAAAUACCCCAGUUUUUCUGGAUCAGGCAUUGAUGAUGAUGAAGAUUUUAUCUCCAGCACCAUUGCAACUACUCCACGGGUUUCUGCUCACAAGGAACAGAACCAGGACUGGACCCAGUGGAAGCCAAUCCAUUCAAACCCGGAAGUACUACUUCAGACAACCACCAGGAUGACUGAUAUAGACAGAAACAGCACCAGUGCUCAUGGAGAAAAUUGGACCCAGGAACCACAGCCUCCUUUCAAUAACCAUGAGUAUCAGGAUGAAGAGGAGACCCCACAUGCUACAAGCACAACCUGGGCAGCUCCUAAUAGUACAGCAGAAGAAGCAGCUACCCAGCAGGAGAAGUGGUUUGAGAAUGGAUGGCAGGGGAAGAACCCCCCUACCUCAAGUGAAGACUCCCAUGUGACAGAAGGGACAACUGCCUCAGCCCACAGCCACCAUCCAAGUCAAAGAAUAACAACACAAAAUCAAGAGGAUAUUUCCUGGACCAAUUUCUUCGACCCGAUUUCACAUCCAAUGGGACAAGGUCAUCAAACAGAAAGCAAGGAUAUGGACUCCAGUCAUAGUACAACCCUUCAGCCUACUUCAGCUCCAAAUACCCAUUUGGUGGAAGACUUGAACAGAACGGGAUCACUUUCAGUGACAACUCCACAGAGUCAUUCUCAGAACUUCUCUACAUUACAAGGAGAGCUGGAAGAAUACGAAGACCAUCCAACAACUUCUAUUCUGCCAUCUAGCACUAAGAGUGGUGGUAAGGACGCAAGAAAAGGUGGAAGUCUUCCCAGAGAUACAACUACUUCAGUAGAAGGCUACACCCCUCAUUACCCAGACACUAUGGAAAAUGGGACUCUCUUCCCAGUGACCCCUGCAAAGACUGAGGUCUUUGAAGAAACUGAAGUGACUGUUGCUACCAACUCCAACUUUAAUGUUGAUGGCUCCAUACCAGGCAAUCGAGGUUCAUCCAUGGACCCCAGCGGGGGUUCCCGCACUGUGACUCAUGGAUCCGAAUUAGCUGGACACUCAAGUGGGAAUCAAGACAGUGGAGCGACCACAACUUCUGGUCCUGCAAGGAAACCUCAGAUUCCAGAAUGGCUCAUCAUCUUGGCAUCUCUCCUGGCACUGGCUCUGAUUCUUGCCGUUUGCAUUGCUGUCAACAGUAGGAGAAGGUGUGGGCAGAAGAAAAAGCUGGUGAUCAACAGUGGCAAUGGAACAGUGGAGGACAGGAAACCAAGUGAGCUCAACGGGGAGGCCAGCAAGUCUCAGGAAAUGGUGCAUUUGGUGAACAAGGAACCAUCAGAGACUCCAGACCAGUUCAUGACAGCUGACGAGACCCGGAAUCUGCAGAGUGUGGACAUGAAGAUUGGGGUGUAGUGCCUACACUAUUAACUUGAAAAGACGCCACAAUUGGAGACAUGUCAUUACUGGGAGCUGGGACCCUUAACAGAUGCAAUGUGCUACUGAUUAUUUUUAUUGGGGAUUAUUUUUAGCAUAAAAUUUUCUAUUCUUUUUUUUAUUUUUUAAAGUCUGUUCCAAUUUAUGAAAAUAGCAUUGCUUUCUGAAAUGAGGGUCCAAAGAAUACUCCAUUAAGAAUUUGACUCUUCCAGUUCCUAGAGGCCUUGCAUUACCAGGGUAUGCUACCAAAGGCUUCUACCAAAUGCAUAUUCUCGGCCCCUAUUGAACCUUAUCCCUACCCAAAGUCCCAGGUAACAUCCACUAGCUAAGGAUUUUCCCCAGAACUUAGAGAGAUUGGUCUCUGGGAGGAAAUUUGAAUGGGUCCAUAUUGCCUCUCCAGAAUUCCAAUCCCUAGGCAUUGCGUUCCAGUGGGGUGGGAGAUCAGGUGUACUGGUUACACACUCUCUUUAUAGACUCCCUUCUGCUGGAAAAUUUUCAGAUGCUUCUAAGAGAUCCCCAAAGGGUGACGCUAUUUAUCUUUAGUAAGCUAUUUAUCUUUGUUUUUGAAAUAUCAAACCCUGGAGGUCCUUUGUUCAAUAUGAUUUUUUUUUUAAUUUUGUUUUGUUUUUUAGGUUACUUUGUCAGAAGCAUAACAGGGUAUAAGUUGAUUCAUAAUAAAUACCUAUCCAUCUUCCAUUUUGACCUGUUGUGCUGUGAUCCUUCAGUUUCUAAACUACCAAGGUCUGAGUCUUUGUAGCACAUCAGUAUGUGCUCCUGAACUCAUGUUAGAGCAUCUGUGCCCAGCUUGGGUUCACCCAGCUGAAUCUCAUAGAAGAUCAAGGAUAGGAGCACUGUUUUCAUUUUAGGCUAUCAAAGGGUUUCUCUCCUCUUCAAGAACGUGAAUUGAGAGUAGGAGAGCUCCAGUCCCUUUUGUGCUUUGGUGACCAUGCUUUUUUCUUUCUUAAAGGUCACAUUAAGUUUUUAUAUCUUAUAACUUUUGCAGUCCUGUUUCUUAGAGACUGGUCUUACUAGUGAUUUCACAAAACAGUGUGGUGGGGACUUGUGACAUCUUAUAAUAAAAAGAGAAGCCAACAAAAAAUGAAAGUGUAGACAGCAAGCUGUAGACUGGAAUGAGAAGGUGUGAUGUACAACCCCCAUCCUACUCUUUCCAUAGCUGUGUUUGUUGAUGCUUUCACAAGCCAGUUAGUAUUUAGAAUCAGUUCCCUGGGGAAUUCCCUCAAAAAAGCCACAAGACUGCCCGCCACUAAAAUCUUAUCACCAGAUAGGCAGGUUUAUGGUUUAGCAAAAGGAGAAUGCUGUUACCCUCUGACCUCAUAGUUUCCAAAUACUGGACAAGUGUUUAUUCAUCUGCCAGGACGCCCCAUUACUCCUGGAUCUUCCUAGGUAUCUUGUAGAAGAUAUUAAAUCUAUAAAAUAAGGCUGUCUCUAAAAUGGAACUUCCUUUCUAUGGCUCCCAUUUUUACUGCUGACUAAAUUUAUAUGUUUAGUAGGUUUUUUUUCAAAUAAAAACAAACAAACAAAAAAAAGAAGACAAGUUUUGCACCUGAAUCAGGUUUGAGUUUAUAUCAAGCGUGGAUGUGAUAGUUUUGUUUAAAGGAGAUACACAGACUUUCUGACACUCAUUGCCAGCCUCAGCUCCCCUUAAUCACAUUCCAGCCUCCCUCCUCCUCUGCCCAGCCAUGGCUUUCCCAGACUUUCUCUCUCUCUGUGAAUACUAUUAGCCAGUUCCAUAUUUAGAUACCUGGUUUUCCUGGUCAAAUAGACACUAGAUGAUGUUUUGCUAUUUUCCACUGGUAUUAGAAUGUUCCCCAUGCUUAGAGCUGUCCUGGCCUAUCACACCCACAACAGGCUCCCUGGAGAUAUUUAAUCUGUAUGCAGCAAGCCACUCUGGGAUUGGGCAUAAAAGAGCUCGAGCUCUCCAUGACCCCCGAUGCCCUUUGAGGGCACAAGAAGGGUCAUGCAAGACUCAGAGCUAGAGAUGAUUCCCCACUCAUUCUAGAAAUGUUCAAAAGUUGGGUUGUGGUAGGAUAUUGUUUGCCACAGUGGUGAUGAUUUUGGUCGCACAAUCUGAUUUUGUGUUACUCCUACCAAUGACUUGCCAGGUGAUAUGAGCUAAGUCACUGAACUGAGGUCUUGUUAAUAAAAAUAAUAGGCUGGAAAUUAGUGAUUUUGUAAAGUACUAGGAGCACUUAAAGUGUUCUCUUACCAACAAUUAUAAAUCUCUCAUGUAUCCUGAAGGCUUUCCUUCAGUUUGCCUUGGGUAAAAAUCAUAUGAGGUGAAAGACACUUUCAUGUGUAUAUUUUGUAUGUUUUAACUAGAUAAAAUGGAUGUUUCCAGAAGAACUUUUAAAAAGCUUUAUAUUGACAUCCAAAAUACCAAGAAGUGGCUUUUUAGCUAAGAUCCAUCCAAGACUGUCACAACAAAGUAGAAGAAACAGCCACCUUCUUUAGAAAAUUAAAAUGUUCAUAAGAACAGGGAUUGCCCACUAUGAUGUCCUGUGUCUUUGUGUAAGUCCUAUGUGUUGACUUUACAAACAUAGCCAAUUGCUAAGUAUGUACUAUGCGCAUUUCUAUUGUUCUUUUGAUUUUUCAGAGACUAUCCUAUCCUUUUCUAGUUUUUGUAUAUUUAUUGACUGACUAAUAAUAAUGAGGAAAACAUGAUGUGUGUAUUACCCAGUUGAAAGUGUGUAUUGGAAAAUAUUAAAAGGUUGUAAGAAAUGGAA